AUGUUCAUUUUCUCCAAACUUCGGGAGGUCGUCUGGGGGAAGCCCGCAGCGACCAAGGCAGAACGAAAGCUUUUGGUCAAGCUUGACUUGGUCAUUCUAUCGUUUUGUUGUCUGAUGUAUUGGGUCAAUUAUCUUGAUCGCAUGAACUUGAACAAUGCAUAUGUCACUGGCAUGAAAGAGGACUUGAACUUCCACGGCAACCAAUUGAACAUCGCCAACACAGUUUUCUAUGGGGGCUACGUUUUGGGACAGAUUCCGAACAACCUCGCGCUACAAAAGCUUCCUCCGCGUAUCUAUUUCCCGGCAUGCAUGGCGGCCUGGGGCUUACUCACUUUGGGUACUGGCUUUGCUCACCACCCAUGGCAGAUCAUGGUCAUCAGAUUCUUUCAAGCUGUCUUUGAGGCUUCUACGUUCGUUGGUUGCCAGUAUAUUCUCGGCAGUUGGUACAAGCCGGACGAGCUCGGCAAAAGAACUGCGAUAUUUACUAGUAGUGGCUUGGCUGGAACAAUGUUCUCCGGGUUUAUGCAAGGGGGGAUUCAUCAGAGUCUUGAUGGUGUUCGGGGUCUUCCUGGCUGGCGGUGGUUGUUCAUCCUGGACUUCUGCAUCACCAUUCCAGUGGCCAUCUUUGGGUUCCUCGCGUUCCCGGACACUCCAACUUCCACAACCGCAUGGUGGCUCAGUGAAGAGGAGAGGAAGCUCGCUAUCGAGCGACUUCCCGAAGUCGAGAAACAACGUGGUGUAUUGGGAUGGAAUUUGAUCUCGCGUGUCCUGCGGACCUGGCAUUGGCUAGGCUUUAUUCUGCUUUGGAUAUUCGCCAGCAACACCGAAAUGUUCUCAUCGAAUGCUAUCAUGAAUCUGUGGCUCUCGUCAACAAAGAACUACACCGUGUCACAAGUCAAUUACAUCCCGACCGGUGUGGCGGGUGUAGGAAUCAUCACCACCCUUGCCCUUGGCUGGUAUUCGGACUUCACCAAACGCCCAUGGCAUGUGGGUAUUUUCUUGGCCUGCACCGCCAUUUUGUCUGGAGCGAUCAUGCUGCGACCUCCGUCCACCGGAGCGAAAUUUUUCGCAUUAUUCUUGAAUGGUUCCCAGUACGCUAGCCAGACUGUGAUUUUUGCCUGGGCAAAUGGGGCUACUGGAGGUGACGACGCGAAGCGAGGAAUAAUUCUUGGUGCUAUGAACACAUUUUCAAUUGCGGUCUAUAUGUUCUGGUCACUGCUCUUUUACAGCACAACUCAGGGCCCUGACUGGAAAGAGGGUAGCAUUGCAAUGAUAUGUAUGGGGUUGGCUUUGGCUAUCACGACAAUCGGCGUCCGGUACUUGGAGAAGCGAGACAAGCAGAGGAUGGAAGUUCAAGGUGGCGUUCAAGCUAAUGGUACGGACGAGGUAAAAGAUAGUAUCGAUGCCGAUAGGCCCAAAGACGCCCAGUAG